AUGCCGGGCAAAAGAAUUGCAGUCAUUGGCGCAGGGGUCAGUGGAUUAGGUGCCAUUAAGAACUGUCUGGAGGUAGGACUGGAGCCCACCUGUUUUGAAGUAAGCGACGACAUUGGAGGACUGUGGAGAUACAAGGAGAAGACUGAAGGGGGCCGGCCAAGUAUCUACAGAUCUGCCACGAGCAACACAUCCAAGGAGAUGACAGCCUACAGUGACUUCCCAUUCCCUGAUCACUUUCCCAACUACAUGCACCACUCCAAACUCAUGGAGUACAUCAGGAUGUACGUCAGACACUUUCACCUCAUUAAGCACAUCCGGUUUCUGACGAGGGUAUGCAGCGUGAGGAAGCGUCCCGACUUCUCCUGCACGGGACAGUGGGAUGUGGUGGUGGAGACUGAGGGGAAGCAGGAGUCCUAUGUCUUUGACGGGAUCAUGGUGUGUACUGGCCUUUAUUCUGAGCCUGUCUUGCCACUGGAGAGCUUUCCAGGGAUCAAGAGGUUCAAAGGUGAAUAUAUGCACACUUGGGAAUACAAGAGUCCAGAGAAAUUUCAGGGGAAGAGAAUCGUUGUGGUCGGUAUUGGAAAUUCUGGAGUUGACUUGGCAAUUGAGCUCAGUCAUGUAACCCCACAGGUAUUUCUCAGCACAAGGAGGGGUUCAUGGAUCUGGAACCGGGUCUGGGAUAAUGGGAUGCCCAUGGACAUUGCUCUCUUCACUCGUUUUAACUCCAACCUCAACAAACUGUACCCUGCCUUCUUAAUCAACCGAUGGACAGAGAAGAAAUUAAAUGCACGAUUUAACCAUGAUGUGUAUGGAUUGCAACCUAAACACAGAUUUCUGAGCCACCAAUCUACUAUCAGUGAUGAUCUACCCAAUCACAUAAUUUCUGGAAAAAUUGUGAUGAAACCAAAUAUAAGAGAAUUCACUGAGACAUCAGUCACCUUUGAGGAUGGCACAGAAGAAGACAUUGAUCUUGUUAUAUUUGCCACAGGAUACAAGUUCUCUUUCCCUUUUUUGGAAAGUGACUCAACAGUUCUGGAUAGCCAGUGCACCAUGUUUAAAUUUGUGUUCCCGCCUCUGCUAGAGAAGCCAACACUAGCUUUCAUUGGCAUCCUUCAGCCAGUGGGCGCCACCAUCCCCACCUCAGAGAUCCAGAGCCGAUGGGCUGCUCAUAUAUUCAAAGGACUGAACACGUUACCUUCAGUGAGUGACAUGAUGGCUGAUAUCACAAAGAAGAGGGAAAAAAUGGAAACAGAAUUCCUGAAUAACCCCCGGGACACGCGCAGAGUGUGCUAUGUCGACUACAUGGACGACAUUGCCUCUGAAAUAGGGGUGAAGCCCAACCUGUUCUCCCUCCUUUUGCGGGAUCCCAAGCUGGCUCUGAGGAGUUUCUUUGGACCGUGCACACCAUACCAGUACCGCCUGCAGGGGCCAGGCAGCUGGGCUGGGGCCCGGGAAGCCAUCAUGACCCAGAGGGAGCGCAUCAUCAAGCCCCUGCGGACCCGCAGCCUGGCCUGUGCCCACCCUGGGCACUCAGGGCCAUGCUGGUUUAAAAGUGUCUGCUUUGCCCUUCUCGUCCUUGUUCUCACUAUAGUCAUUCUUAAACAGUGA